GAGCAACAACUCCACUAGGAUUAGAGUAGAGGGAGAGCAGUAGGGAUUCCUGGGGACCAGUGUCUCUAAUAUCUACCCAUAAGAUCAAUAUCUUUCAACAAUAGUGUGUACAUAACAAAGGCUAUGGCAGCAUUGGAGAGACCAUUCAUUUACAGCGAAGACAGCCAUGCGCUAAAAAGUGUGCUAUCCAGCAAAACUUCCAGCACCGCAGCGACACAAAAGGAAAAUUAUGUGGAUUUGAACGACUUGAUGGAUCUAAAAUUGGACGACACUAAAACAGUUAAAGUAAGUUUCAAUAGUGACUAUCAACUAUCAAAUCAACUAUCGAUCAUUAAAAACUCUAGCGGCACCGAAGGUUCAACCUCAACGGAUAAAAUUCAAGCCGUGCGCGAUCGUUUUUUUAUGGUGGCAAACGCGCCAAACAUUACGAGCAAAUCUGUUUUUCAGGAACGCUCGGGGAACGGCACGACAGACGAGUGCAAGGCGGGAGACCAGUCCAGCUCCUCUGAAAUAGCUUCUUCUUCAGAAAUGCCACAGGUCAAUGAAAACUUCAUGGACUGUCCAGAAUUCCCCGUCAAAGAGGUCGAGGUGGAGCCCAAACCCGCGACAUCGUCGGAAAAUGUUGAAACAAAUAACAACGGACAAGAACAGGGUGAUUUACAAUACACUGACGUGUAUCUCAGCGAGAAAAGUGAAUCCGACGAUGAGGCUAGCGUUGUAGUUUCGGAUUAUUGCAUUCCCGAAGUUCUCGAAAACGAGUCUCAUUAUAUCACGACGCACGAAAUUCAGCUUUCAGAGUUGGACCAUGACGUCGACUGCGACUUUGGGAUGGGAUCCAGCUGGGAUAUCGAUGAUGACCACCAGGUCUACUCUUUUGUGGAUUAUGCUUCGUUUGACAGUGACGAGACCAUUGGUCGGGAAUACAGCGUCUCGGCGAACGUGAAAAGCAAUCGGGCUGAGGCUAAUACGAGCGAAGCAGCAGUCAGCACUAAGCCUGAAAGCGAUCUCUGUGACACGAACAAACACGCCAGCUCAGAUGAAAAACUGCCAAAUAACCAAAACGGCGCAGGGAAUACAGCAGGGCAGAUUCACUUGUCAAUCAAAACCACUUCCAGAGCCAUAAAAGAGCCUAGCAACGUCCAGGAAAAAGAAAACGUGCUUUAUCAUACCAGCCACACUAAAGAAACGAGUCGUCGGUAUGGCUGGCAUGACACAAAGGACGAUAAAAUGCACGAUGGCGCGAAGUGUUUAAUCGCCGUCCCAGGGCGUUUGCAUUUUGGCAACAAAUUAAAAGGCAAAGAUAACGAAUACUCUAGCGGCGCAUCUAGCGCUGUUAGUGACUUGGAUGAUGCCGAUAAGGAAGUGCGAAAUCUCACGGCAAGAGCUUUCAAAAGUUUGGCAUACCCCUAUUUUGAUGCCAUCAAUUUCAGCACCUCCAGCGAGUCCUCGGCUUCAGAACAUGGGCGAGGCAUCAACAGGUGGUCAAAAUUUGUUGACUUAAAGUACGGAAAUAUGAACGUGUCCGCGAGAGGCGAUCGCAAUACAGUGUCACAUAAAAGUUCCUCCACAAAUGUUCAGUUGGCAAGAAAGAGGGAUAGUAAGGGGAUGACCGGAUUGUCGCUGACCAGUAUGAGAGCGCCCCCAGUAGAAAUAUUUGCUUUGAACGGUAGUUUAUUCAACCAGAAAAAUGCACCAACAAAGAAAAUUGAGCUCCUGGGCAACUUUAGAGAGGAGCAAAGUGGGGUUAUACGGCUGACAGAAACACUGAACCUUUGUUGUAAUGUUAAAGCUGGGCCACCUGGAAACGAAAGGCGUGCAAAAUACGCACAAAAUACUGGGGGAUCACCUUCCAUAGAUGAGGUUACAAACACUUUGCCAAGCGGGCAGGGGAGUGAGUCAGGCGAGCGACCCUGCAAUGCAGGAGAAACCAUGGAAGACACGCACAAGAAAGCUGUAUUCGCCUCGAAUCUGCUGAAAAAUGUCAUCUCGAAGAAAAUGCAGUUUGAGCAGGAGCGCAAAAUGGAGAGGGGGGAGAUAUGCGAACCCAACCACACGCCUUCUCCAAAUUUUACCAGUCACGACCACGAACCGGCCAAGGAGAGAGUGACAUCGAAGGACUCGAGAGGACUGCAAAGACAGACUUCGCGAUUCUCAGAGCCAGACUCUGACUUCACCAUUGUUUGUUUAGACGAACUGGGGGACAUAGUGGACAGCAAUUCUUGCAGUGCUAAGGACGACAGUCACAGAGAAGAGACUUUAACUCUUGCAUCAGAACCUAAUUUAGUGUCAUCAAAUGAAGCGGGUUUUGAUACUAAAAAAGGAGCAUUCGAGCCGUCCAAAAGCACGCUGCUUCGAAGCCAAAAUAGCGCAUUCAGAUCCUGGAGGGACGGCGAGCUAGAGUUUCAAAAGGAACGUAAAAACGAUAAAAGUCCCGAGAGGAAACCGCAACUGACUAACGACAAGCGGGGAGAAAGUGAACUAGGCAGCGAUUCAAUGGACCGCAAGAUGACUAAAAUGUCGCAUUUGUUUGUGCCAAGCAUCCAACUUCUGUCCAGUGAGAAGGACGUCGGGAAGCCUCAGUCGGACGUGAAUUGCACCGUGCGCGCAGCGGUCGAUCGAAAGGAGAUAGGAGGUAUGCAACUGCGCGCAGACGACACUCUGUAUGUCUCAGACGCCGCUCGAAGUAUUGUAACAUCGAAAUCGCCAGAAAUUAAAAUACGUUUGAGAAGUGUUAGGGAGAACAAAAGUGACCCUUUCAGCAUCGCUAAGAUGCUUACUCCCAAUAUAGGCUGCGGUGCAGGCAACCUGAUAAAGGCAGGCGAAGACUCAAAAUGCCAAGCGCUGGCCGCAGCACUUAAGACUGACUCGUCCGACAAAGUUCCCCAAUUUAUGGUCAGAGACAUUAGAGAUAACAAGGGAAAGCUACAACCGCCAAUACACCAGGUUAGAGACGUCCGUAAAUUGGUUAAGAGCUCGUAUCACUUCGUGUCUUUAGACAACAACGAGAACAAAUCCAACAGCGCAGACGGAGAGCACAAAACCUCCAAACGGAACGCAUAUCGGAAUCCAGCCUCCCUUUCUCAGAUAGUGAUUAAGUGUCAGUCGGUAAAUACAAAUAGCAAUGUGAAACAAUCCGGGAAUUUGAUGGAGCCCUCUAAACAUAAAUUUGCUGAGGACAUACCAGAGCCUGACCGGUCAUCUCCUCAGGGUGCUGUAGAAGGUAAUAAAUCCGGGACGACACACAUCCACAAACAAACUGGCAGAAUGCCGUUAGCAACCACAAAGCAAGAAGGCUCCUCUGGACUAAGAACUGAGACUAGUACUGGCACAAAGAAGCAAGACAAAGUAAGUGACACAGGUGAAAAGAAGGCAGAUUCUAAGAUGGCUGCUUUGGAGAAACUUCAGGCAGCUGUAAAGACAAUGGAGCAGCUUUACGUGUUUGACAAAUAUGAGUGGAAGAGGAAAACUGAACCACAACCUAUAACAGACAGCCAUGUGCUCUCACUCAUUGCUAGUGAGGAACACGAAGGUACCGAUGAAGAGCUGGGAAACACUGGUUCUGUGUCUACACCAGCAGCUACCACCAGGCGAGAUUCAAUCACAAGCAAAACUCCACCUUCUGGACAGCAGUUUACCCAAACAGAAAGGCCCCUUACCAAAGAAGAAAAAGAAAUGUUCAAAACAUCACGCACUCCUGUUGUCCAAGAGGAGCAAAAUGGCCCCAAACCUCUGGAGUUGCUUGGAGGAACGCCAAAUAAGAACAUAUCAUGCCUGAGCGACAGUCAGAAAUAUUCUGCCCCAAUCACAGCAAGCUCAGUAAAGGCCCCACAGAUGAAUGUCUCAUCCCCGGCAUCUCUUGGUUCUAAAGGUAUGGCACCCAAGUCUCCAAAGCUGCCAGUGUCUUUAAAGAUCACCCAGCCAAAACACACAGUCGAAGAGAGCCAGAAGCCCAGUGACACUGAGGCUGUAUUUGCCUCAGUGCAGUUUACGUCAUUGGCUGAUUCUGAGAAUUAUUUAACUAUACCUGUGAAACCCCAUACCACUUCUGCAAAACAACCUGCCAAAUCAAUCUGUGAUAAAACAGCUGUGUACACCUUCCCAGCCCAAGCCAGUAAGACCCAAACCAUCAGCCUACUCUCUCACCUGGGACACAGCAGUGACACCAAAAGCGACAGAGAAAGUCAUCAGUCCCCAAAACGCUCGAGUAUUGUCAUGGAGACACAGUCCCCAGAUACCCCUACUGCUACCAUCUACCAUCACUCUCUGCCAAUCACAAUGCAGGCUGCCCAGCCUCAGGUAAUCUGUUUCUCCCCAGCGGUGCAACCUUCCCCAGUACCCACGGAGCACUUCCAAACAACACAGAGAAAAAUGCUCCUUGACCCCACUACUGGAAGUUAUUACUUGGUGGACACUCCAGUGCAACCAGCCACAAGGCGACUCUUCGAUCCAGAGACUGGCCAGUACGUGGACGUGCCCAUGUCACAGCAGUCGCCCGUCACCCCUGUGCCUAUGCCUAUCUCCCCUCUGGCCAUCAGCCCUGGAGCUUACAGCCAUACCUACAUGUUCUACCCGGGAUACAUGCCCACCACGGUUAUCCCUGCCAGGACGAUUCAAUCUCAGCUCUCCAUGCAGACAGAGGUGGAGGGACAAGACAAAGCACACUUUCAAACAGGGCAGCACAGUGACGGAGCCUACAUGGAAAGCCCUUAUUAUGUGCCCUCUGGAAAGUCUCAGAACACAGCACCGGGAGCUCAGCACAUCAUCACUGGCAGGGCAAUCAAAUGCAAACAGCCUGUCAUCAGUAUCUCCUCCCAGCAAGGACCCAGGAUCGUUGCUCCACCCUCCUUUGAUGGCACCACCAUGAGCUUUGUGGUGGAGCACAGAUAACAUGCUGUCCCCUUACGGUGAACCACCCAUAUUCCUCCCAUCAUCAUUUCCCAGUUGUGUUUUUCUCUUUCGCCGAUUCCUCACAGAGCCGUCCCAUUUUGGAAUCCACAGUCUCUCCUAAGAUCAUCAUCAAACAUCCUUUGCGUCUUUAUUUGUUGUGGAGCUUUACUGUGUUUCCUUUUUUGUUUGUGAUGCCACUAUGCAGUGUCUUAUUCUUGGCAAGUACUAGAUCUUUUCUGGCUGUGUGAAAAUUUUGGACAAUAAUUGCUAUAGCAUUAUAGGUUAAAUCACUUGGACACCUAUUAAAUAUUAUUAAGCCUGUUACAUAACAGACUUGAGCAGUAAAAGACUCAAAUAUUGGCAUUAUCUGGUUUUGAAAAAAAAAAAAAAGAACAUGGCAUUAAAUUUUACUCAAACUUUCCAUGAACUGAAGGGUGAAGGCAAGAUGGUGUAGUUAUGAGUAUCUGCUGGAAAGCACUUGUAUGGUCCUGAUUUCUCCCUGUAUCCCAUAUUCUUAUACUGAAACUAUAUCCUUCUGAUUGAUCUUCACCAUCUCUUCCUUUUUGCUUUUAGAUUGAAUGGGUUUUGUAUUACAGUACAAAUGCUGUACUGUAUUACUUAUAUUGUGUUCUGUUACUCCUGGUACUGGGAGAACCACCUAGAAACGCAAACAGUGGUUUGUGUUGGUUAAUAUGGUGGUGAACAAGAUGAUUUAGGGGACUACCUGCCUCUAUUGAUCUUAAUGACAGUACCAAUAAUUUGUGUUUGUAUAUGCGCAAGUCAGUUAGUGUGCACUUGGGCAUUCAGCCUUGGCCUUUCUGGAAGGGAUGAUGGAAGAUGAAGUCAAAGAGGUAAGUAGUUUUGAAUUAAGAAAUGGGAUAUAAGGUUAAUUGGCUUUAUUUAUAGUGUAAACCAGUUGAACCCCAUAACUACAUUUGUCAUUGUGAUGUUCUGUACAAAUAUGAUCUCUUGACUGUAGUUUCAGUUUGUUAAAGGAGAUUUGAGUGAAAUCUGUUUCUCUUGUAGGUUUUUUAGGUCCCACAGAUCUACUCAAAAAAACAGUGUAACAUAACCUGGCCUAAUUAGAGAUUGUUAGUUCAUUUAGUUCUAUUUGUAUUAAUUCCAUUAAAUAUGAGUUAAAAUGUUCAAAUGUUUUAAACCAUUUGCUUUGAAUGUGUUGGAUUUUUAAGGCUUUUUCCUUUGUGUUUCUGGGUGAACUUUGUCAUUCUCGUGAUAUUUCUGGUUUUGUUUCAUUUAUUUGAUUAUGUAUACUGUUUCCAGUGUCCCAUUGGCAGAUUUGUGAUCAAUAACAUUUGACUUUUGCCUAACCUGGGGAUGAAUCAAUAUUCAAUUGUGACUGAACUGCCAAUAUUCCUAUUCAAAUCAUGCAUUUACACUGAAAUGUUAGGAUCUGGUUUACUAAUGACCAUUGAAUAGUCCUCAUUUGAAUUGCAUCAUUUAAAAUUAAGAUAACCUUAAAUCUGUCAAAUGGCAAUGAGUGGAGUUGAAUUAAUUAGUUAUAUGGUGCUUUGAGAGAAUUUUAAGUGGUAGCAUUUUCAAACUUUCUUACACAUUAGUUCCCAUUUAUCAAGGGCAUAGAGAUUAGGCUCCCUGCUUCCUUUCUCAUGCAGUGGUAGUUUUGUAAUGACUAUGUUACACUAAGCAAUUCAAAAGCAAUCGGAGCUGCUGGUCAGUCCGUUAAGCUGUCGUAAAUUUUGUUUGAAUAAUCUCUGGUAAUUUGGGAUGUGAAUAUCUUGAGCUUUGUUUAUAGAAAUUAUUCCAGUGGUUACCCCUAACAAUGGAAAAUAUCUACUAAGGUGAAAGGUUUUUUUUACAAAUCCUGUCAGAAGGUCAGAAUGCAUACUGAUUAAUGUAACUCUGGUAGGACACACUUUUAAUCUGUAAUGUAAGAUAAAUAUCUUUUUUUUAUUCAGAAAGUUUAAUGUUAAUUUGUCCUCUGUUUCAAGUACUGAAGUGAGAUAUUUCUUGUCAUUAGUCCAAAUUUCAACCAGAAGGUGCCCAAUGUUAUUUUACAAUAUGUUUAUGUGAUAUUUCAAAACACAACUGAAUUUAAGUACAAAAAAAGUGCCAUGUCACAUUUAAAUGAGCAAAUUUAUGAGCUUUUUUUUAACCAUCCACCUGCUGCUAUUUCCAUGAACCACUGUUCAAAACCAUAAAAAAGCACUUGACUUGAAUGAGAGUUAAGUUUUAGAAGUGAUCACUGUAUUAGAUGUUAUAAGGAAUGUUAAUUUUGGUGCCAUUCUCUCUUGGAAUGGAUUGCUUGAAUGAGACUGAAAUGAAAAAGUCAGGUUGCGAGGGUAAGUGGAAAGUGUUGGUUGUCGAUGGCGAUUAGCAACGUGUGGUGCAUCUUCAGUGGGCCACAACAAGUGAGUCAAGCUUGAUGAACGUGAAAGGAAGAACCGUGAAGCUGGUUCUUGGAGUGAUCAUUUCAUUUAUGAGAAAACAAUGUUUAUUGUUCAAUAAAUGAAUAUACUUUUCCAAAAUCUUGGUUUUGUUCAAUAGAUGUUAGAAAGUACCUGUUGCUAAAUCUUGCUCACAUGGUUACUGAUUACAACUG